UAGAGCGGCUGGGCUCACCCAACGGGGUGGGAGAUUGAGUUAAGGGUGUCUGGGUUGUUAUUUGUCGGAGGGGAGGAGGCAGGAAGGGGUCUGGCAGUUCCCCUCACGCAGCUUGCCUUCCCAGCGGCCCUGGCUUCCUGCGGUUCUUGCCUUCCCAUGCAUAAGGAUGCCUUAGAAAAGUACCAUGGACAAAUACAGCAAGGUGCAAAAAAUUGGUGAAGGAUCUUUUGGAAAAGCAAUUCUAGUCAAAUCAAAAGAAAAUGGCAAGCAAUAUGUUAUUAAAGAGAUCAAUAUAUCUAAGAUGUCAAAUAAAGAAAGAGAAGAAUCCAGAAGAGAAGUUGCCGUGUUGGCCAACAUGAAACAUCCAAAUAUUGUCUUGUACAGAGAAUCCUUUGAAGAAGGGGGUUGUCUCUACAUAGUGAUGGAUUAUUGUGAAGGUGGGGAUUUAUUUAAAAAAAUUAAUGCCCAGAAAGGUGUCCUGUUUUCAGAAGACCAGAUCAUGGAUUGGUUUGUUCAGAUAUGUUUAGCACUGAAACAUGUACAUGACAGAAAAAUUUUGCACAGAGAUAUAAAGUCACAGAAUAUAUUUUUAACAAAAAAUGGAACGAUACAGUUGGGCGACUUUGGAAUAGCUAGAGUUCUUAACAGUACAGUUGAGCUUGCUCGAACUUGUAUAGGAACACCAUAUUACCUAUCACCAGAAAUCUGUGAGAACAAGCCUUACAACAAUAAAAGUGACAUAUGGGCUCUUGGUUGUGUUCUCUAUGAAAUGUGUACACUGAAACAUGCAUUCGAAGCUGGUAAUAUGAAGAAUCUGGUACUCAAGAUAAUCUCUGGAUCAUUUCCUCCUGUUUCGACACAUUAUUCUCACGAACUCCGGAGCCUAAUUUCGCAGUUAUUCAAAAGAAAUCCUAGGGAUAGACCAUCUGUCAACUCCAUAUUGGAGAAAGUCUUUAUAGUUAAACGCAUUGAAAAAUUUCUCACACCACAGCUUAUAGCAGAAGAAUUCAGCCACAAAGCAUUCCAGAAGUUUGGACCUCAUGCUGGACCAGCAAAAAGACCAGCUCAAGGACCAAACCUUGCCACUGCUGCACCAGCUCAGAAAAUUACAAAACCUGCUGCUAAAUAUGGAGUGCCUUUAAUGUUUAAAAAAUCUGGGGAUGCAGCUAAAAAGUUCUAUGAGAAGCCUUUAAAUAAAUGUAGACAGGCCCCUCCACCUGCAGUGAAGAAAGGGAAACCAAUUGAAGAAGGGAGGAAAAUGUUUGAGGAUCCUGCUAAAAAGAGAAGGCUAGAGGCUUUUGAAAAGGAAAGACGGCGGCGUGAACAGAUCAGUUUCAUGAAAGCUGAGCAGAUGAGAAGACUUGAGAAAGAAAGGAUGGAUCGAAUUAACAGAGCCAGGGAGCAAGGAUGGAGGAAUGUACUCAGCACAAGUGGAAGUGGUGAAAUCAAGGCCCAUUUUUUUGGUGGCGGAGGAGCUAUUGUGCCUUCACCGGUGCCUUGUCGAGGACCAUACGAACACUAUCAUGCUAUUUUUGAUCAGAUACAGCAGCAAAGGGAAAUUAAUAAAGUAACAGAGGGGAAAGAUGCUGAAUCGAAAGAAAAACCUGUUCAAGAGCCUGCUGAAAGAGGGCUAGCAUCUGCAGUACAAGCAGGAGUUCCUAAUGGACCUGAUGCUGAUACAAUUAGAAAAAGAAUGAAAAGAUUAGAGGAGGUAUCCAGACAGGUCAAUGCAAACAGGCAAAAAGUAUGGGUAGCCGGAGAAAGAGCUAAACAAGUUGAGGAAUUCUGGCAGCGGAAGCGAGAAGCUAUGCAGAAUAAAGCUCGUGCUGAAGGACACAUGGGCACAGUGCAAAACCUGGCAGCUAUCUAUGGAGGCAGGUCCAUUUCUUCACGAGGAAGGAAAACGAGAAACAAGGAGGAAGAGGAAUACUUGGCAAGAUUAAGACAAAUUAGACUUCAAAACUUCAACGAACGCCAGCAAAUUAAAGCUAAACUUCGUGGAGAAAAGAAUGAAACUGGGAAUUCUCCUGUACAUGAUCAAAAUGAAGAAUUAGAACUAAGGCGGAAAAAGAUUCUAGCACUAAAGGAACAGGCAUUUGCCCGGGCUGCACUCCUAAAAGAACAGCUAGAGCGAAAGAGAAAAGAAGCCUAUGAAAGAGAGAGGAGAAUUUGGGAAGAACAUCUGUUAGCUAAAGGAAUAAAGAAUCCUCUGGGCAACAGAGCUGCAGAACUCAGUCCUACACACAGCAAGCACGAAAUGGGAGGUUCACCUACCAGGAUACCAAAGCCCAGUUCUCUACAAAUCAUCUCCAUGACAUCAGCUUUGAAAGAAGUGGGUGCGCAUUAUGUUCUGGCUUUAAAGGAUGAAAAUGCUGUGGUUGUCCAGGAAACCCCAAUGGAAUUGAAGUCUGAUGCUGCUAUUCAGAACAAGAGAGACAUUCUUCGAAGACUGAAUCAAAAUCUCAAAGUGCAAGAUGUGGAAGAGAAAAAUGAAUCCAAAGAUAUCUGUGAGAUAACUGCAGCUGAUGAAACUAACCCAGAGCAAGGAGAAAAUUGUCCAGUUGUAGCCGACCGAAAGAAAUGGGAGGCAGGGGCACAACUUGUCAUUCCACUUGCACAAUUAACAAUGGAAGAAACCCUAUUAGAGAUAGAAGCAUGUACAUUGGGAGAGGUUAUUAAGCUAGAUGUUGGUGAACCCCAGCGAAAAGUCUGGGGCAAAAGUCCGACUGAUUCAGUGCUGAAAAUACUUGGAGAGGCUGAGCUACAACUUCAGACAGAUCUCAUGGAUGAUCUAAGUAUUUCUGAUGAAGUUCCAAAAGAAGCUUUAACAGUAAGAGAGAACAUUGAAAUGAGAGCAGCUAUUCCUGUUGUUGAGAAGUCAGCAUCUGAAAUCAGUGACACAGAAAAGAGGCCUCAUUCACCCGACUUUAUCCAGUUGCCAUCCAAACCUGACCUGAUAGAUGAACCUGAUGAUCUGGAAGCAGAAUUGCUCGAAGAAACCAAAGAAAACAAAUGCAAAACAAAUGUAUUCCCUGUUGCUAAUGAUGCAUGGGUUAACGAAGGAAAAACAAAGGAACUGAUAUCACAGGAUCAUACUGAUAGUAUUCAGUAUGACAGUGAAGUUCCUGCUGCAGAGGAUGGAAUGCUUAAAAGAAUGCCACUCCAUGAUGAAGCACCAAUAGAAACCAAUGAUUCUGUGCAGCCGGAACCUUUUUUCCACAAGGUGGCACAGCACCAACCAAGAUUAGCAGCUUUUCCUGUUCUGUCAGCACAGUCUUCCCUCGAAGAUUCUCUUCCAACAAGGUCACGCUCAGUGUCUCCAGAAAAGACAAAAGGCAAAAAUGCAUUAUUGAUAGGACUUUCAACAGGUCUCUUUGAUGCCAACAAUCCAAAGUUGCUUAGGACCUGUUCGCUCCCGGAUCUUUCGAAGCUUUAUAGAACAUUAGUGGAUGUCCCCAGUGUUGCUGAUGUGCAGAAUGAAGAAACGCUUGAAAUAGAUGACAUGGAAGAUGAGCCUGUCAAAGAAGGACACUCUGAUUCUGAAGACAUUAUGUUUGGAGAGGCAGACACAGACUUGCAAGAGCUUCAGGCUUCAAUGGAGCAAUUACUCAGAGAACAGCCCAGUGAUGAAUUCAGUGAAGAGGAAGAAGCAACUUUAAAAGCUGAAUGCCUAGCAAAUGGUACAGAGGUGGAUGAGGAUGACAACAAUCCCAGUAGUGAAAGUGCCCUUAAUGAGGAAUGGCAUUCAGACAACAGUGACAAUGAUAAUGCUAGUGAAUGCGAAGAGUAUGAUAGUAUCUUCUGUCAUUUGGAAGAGCUAAGAUGUGAACUUGAGCAAGAAAUAGGCUUUGAAAAAUUCAUUGAAGUUUAUGAGAAAAUAAAGGCUAUACAUGAAGAUGAAGAUGAGAAUAUCGAUAUAUGUUCAACAAUUGUUCAAAAUAUUUUAGGAAAUGAACACAAGAACCAGUAUGCCAAAAUUCUCCAUUUAGUUAUGGCAGAUGGAGCCUAUCAGGAAGACAAUGAUGAAUAAUGCCUUGAUGACAUACUGAGUGAAAUGUAGGUGUAUGGAUUUUGUUGUGUAAAAUAGCAAGGUAUAAAUGAAAAAGAACUGUUUAUCAGGACUUACUAAUUGCAUGUAAGAGAUGGGAAAACAUGACACUCUUUGCUGAAAAGCUGUUUAUAGAUUUCCUUUGGCUUAUUGUUUUAUUCCUUCAACAAACAACUGAAAAGGCUAUGUUAUAUUUAAGACAAAUAGCAAUGAAUAGAAAGGCUGACUCAGAAAUGAUUUGCUGUUUGAGAGAUUAUCAUGUAUGAAUAAGCCCAUGUCACAUUAGCUGCUGUUUGUUUAAAUCUAAACAGUUUGAAAGAAUCCAAACUGAGGAGACCUUUUGACUUGGCUUUCUGUUGAAGAUUAUUUGUCAUUUCUCUGUAACUGUCUCCUUGAUUACUUAUAAAAAUGACUCACUGAAAUCAGUGGAACAUUUCCAGACAGUACAUGCCAGUAUUUAGGAUCAAGGUAUUUUGAGUAUUUUGCCUUUUGUGAGUCUAUUUGUGUAUAUAUAUAUACACGAGUGUACAUAAUAAUUUUUUAGAAUUCUCAAUAUUUUUGUCACAAUAUCUUUACCUUUUUUUCUCUAAAUCAAAGCAAAUGCUGAAUCAUUUUCAAGACUUGAUUUUAUUUCUAUACUUCAGUAGAAGAGGAUAAAUGAAUGAACUAUGAGAGAUUCUGCACAUUUUCUACUGUAAAAUAUGCCAGCUUGAGUGUGAAGAUUUAUUUCGCUAUAGUACUGUGUACUCAAACUGCUGCUCAUUUUUUUUCACCUGCAAUUGGGACCAUCCUAAGAGAGACUAAGAUCAAAAUGAAUAUAAAUGUUUUGUUGCUGCCCUUUUUGAAAGCAAGAUAAGUGCCAGCCAGAACAUCUGAAGGAGGGAAUAAAAGAGUCUUAUUGCCCAUUGCUUGCUUGAUUCUUAUGAGACUUUAAAUAUUUCUUAUAUGCAUAGGCUAUAUCAGCAAACUAGGUAAAUCAGCUGUAAUGUUUAACACAAGGGACUUCUUGUGGUUGAAAAAGCUGGUCUGUGUUCCUUGGUUAAUAACGCAGCAAACUGGAAAGUAUAAAUGUGGAUUCACAAUUAUUCUAGCACUAAAAUUUGAAGUUAUGUUUUAUUUCUAACAAUGCAAAAUAAAUGCUUUACUUUUGUA